GGCCGAUCAAAGACUUGGGGCAAACUAUUUGAAAACUCAAAAUCGCGCCAAUCGGUUCUGAAGAAGGCAAAUCGUUCCUGAACAAUUAUUCAGAGUAGAAGUUGAAAAUCAAUGGUGAAGUGUGUCGUACUGCCGCUAGAUGGCGUUCAAGCUACGGAUAGUCCUUUGAAAAUAGAUCAUGCCUCAGACCUCAGCGACAGAUUCAACAAAGCCUGCACAGGUGAGUUGUGAGUGUGGCAAAGGCUUAUGAACACACCCUCGACCUCUAGCUUCGGAAACAUGGAGGAAAAACUCUUUGACCUUCUUGGAAAAGGGUUUGAAUUGGACAAUCAAAUCACUUCCAAUCCCGAGAAGAAGAAGCAACUUACGCACGACUACUUGAACGAUAUUAACAUUGUAUUUGCGUCUGGAUUUGAGCUUCCAGCCAUGGAUCCUUCUUGGACGUGGUUCAAUGUCGAGGAACCUCUUACCUUUGACCAUUUCAAGUACCGCAUUGUCAUCCUUGACUUCUUCACCUAUUGCUGCAUUAACUGUAUGCAUAUUCUACCAGACUUGGAGAAAUUGGAGGGCAUUUUCGGCACUGACCAAGUGCUCAUCAUUGGUGUGCAUAGUGCCAAGUUUGAAAACGAGAAGAUCGAUGGGAACAUUCAAAACGCCAUCAAGAGGUACGGCAUCCAUCAUCCCGUGGUGAACGAUCGCCAAGCCAAGUGGUGGAAUCAACUUCAGAUCUCGUGUUGGCCAACUCUCAUGAUUUUGAGUCCAGCCUUAAGACCCUUGAAAAUGUUCAUGGGCGAAGGUCAUUUGGACAAAGUCCGAUAUUUUGUGGAGGAAGCCAUGCACUUUUUCAACAUGUCGGACAGCUCCACUCCUCCUAAACGCCUUCCUCCGCCUUCAUGCUUGGGUCAAGUGGUUUCAUCUACGUUUUUGAAAUAUCCCGGCAAAAUUUCGUUGUGGAAGGACAAGAUAUUGAUCUCUGAUUCGGGACACCAUCGACUUGUGGUCAUUAACCGAUCCGGAUUGGUUGAGCAAGUUAUUGGUUCGGGUGUUAAAGGUUUUCAAGAUGGACAUCUGACCUCAGCCCAAUUCUCCUCGCCCCAAGGUGGGAUUUUCAUCAAAAACCACCUGAUUAUCGUGGCAGACACGGAAAACCAUUCGUUGAGACAAAUUGAUCUCGCCUCGAAAACAGUAACUACUUUGGCCGGAAAUGGGCAGCAAGGGAGAGAUUUGAGCGGUGGCAAAAAUGGACCAGGGCAAUUGCUGGCGUCUCCAUGGGACCUUUGCUUGGGAUCCUCUCCGAAGGCUCUGGAGACUGGGGAGCUAGAUACUCUAUUUGUGGCCAUGGCUGGGACUCACCAAAUUUGGGGGUUAUCCCUCGAGGAUUCAUCGUGGUGGAAGGGUGUUUCUAGAAAGCAAGGUGACAUCUUUGCUGUGGCUGGCUCGGGUGUGGAGGAGAAUAGAAAUACUUCUUAUCCCAACAAGGCCGGUUUUGCUCAACCCUCUGGCAUCACGUUCAGUUCUAAGCUUCAGAGCCUUUAUGUAGCCGAUAGCGAAAGCUCGUCCAUCCGCAGUUUGUGUCUCAAAACCGGAACAGUGAAGAAUGUUUGCGGAGGAAGUCGGGAUCCGACGGACCUGUUUGCUUUUGGCGACAAAGACGGCUCAAGCGUCGAUGUUCGAUUACAGCAUCCUUUGGGUCUAGUCAUGAAUCAAUCCCAAGACACUCUGUUCGUGGCUGACUCAUACAAUCAUAAAGUGAAGGCUGUUACCCAUGUGACAGGAAAAAAAGCCGAGUGCCAAACUAUCGCGGACAUAUCUGGGCUCGACGAACCCGCAGGAAUGGCCUUUGAUCCUGACACCCAAGAAUUACUAAUUGCUGACACCAACCAUCACACUCUUAAGGUUUACAAUGUCAAUACCAAAGUAAUCAGAGAUAUAACAGUUCACACAAGUGACGAGACAGAUUUCACGACCUCUGUGCCUGUCCUCAAACUUCGAGGCAACUACGAUUUCAAGCUCCAAAAAGAUAUCUUAUUUCGAACAACUGAGGCUACCAUUGCCAUCAAAAUAACCACCAUACUCGAUUCAGCCUUAAAACUCAACCAAGAUGCACCAAGUCAUUGGAAACUUGUCCUCCCCGAAGGGUGGCAUUGUGCGAGUGGCUUGAAAGGGUCCUUUCAAGCAGACCCUUUGCCCGUGGAUCUCAUCGUUUCUCCCCAAUCCCGACCUGGUCCAAUCUAUGUGGAAGUCAAUGCCUAUUUGUGUCACAAGAGUGACGGACUUUGCCUUAGCAAGAGUGCUUUGAUCGAGCUGAAUGCCGAGCAAUGUGACAAUCCUGCGAUGCACACGAAGUCAUUGGCAUUGGCCAUCCACUUGUAAGUUAAAGGAGAUCCAGUUUGAAGUGAUUAUUAUCAUCAUGCAAAAAUCAAGGCAAUUGUGACGUUUUCAUUCUUCAAUUGCUCGAAUGGAUGCUCUUUUCUUUUAGCGUGUUAGUCAAUUGCAUUUUACAAACUUGCGUUCUGAGCAAAGUCAAGCCUCAUUGAGUGCUCGUUUCGCAAUGAAUUACAUAUUACAAUUGGAGAAUACUGAUGCCCUAUGGUGUGUUGCAUCGUACUGUUAAAUCUCGAAGAGCUAAAAAAAUCGAUUCCAAGUGUGUUUGAACACUUUUUGCGAAUGGAUCAUUUCGAAACAGCGCCCUUGAUUGUGUUAUUGUUAAUACGCAAAAUGUGACAAAGUUCUUACAUUAUCUUUUUUGGUUGGGAGUGCUAGGGUCUAUGGGUGCACCUCGCCCGGCCAGCGAGGCGAGCCAUCGGAUCGUCCAAGUCCAAAUUCCGAUGGGCAGUUUCAAGUCCGGUAUCAGAUUGGUUCUCCGUCUGUGGGUGUGUUUAGCGUCUAACAAAAGGUCGGAAGUUCGAAGGGAUCGAAAGGAUUUGUGUUGAAGAGACCGCUCAUUUAAAUUAUGAAAUAAUUCGGGAUUACCGUGUUAAACAUUAGGGCCAGUUUGUGCAAAGAGCUAAAAUAUUAAACCUUACAACAUCUACUGAAACAUUUAGAGGCAGGCUCCAGGAGAGGCAAAUCUUUGUACUAAACCAAUUUAAUAAAAGUAUAAUGUUGCCAAGUGCAGAAAUAACUAUAAGACAUAAAAGUGGUAAAACUACAUCUGAUUGCGGAGAAAAUAAAAAAUUACAAAAAUCAUCUCCAAAUAUGUUAUCUUGACCGUUUUCUUGAUUCAAUUUUUUUUUGGCUUUCAAAGAUGCUGUUAUGCACAGAUUAUAAAUAUCGAAAAGCGCACACAAUCAAAGCAAAUUGAUUGAGAAAAGUUUCUUUCCCUUUCAGUGUUUUCUGGAAAGUGCUUUUUAUGAUAUUAGACUUGCAGAAAAGAAAUGUUGCAGAUAGUUUAGCACACCUGGGAAUGACGAAAAGGCACUCUACGUCACGGCAUUUGAUACAUGGACUUCAAAAUAUCAACUUGAUAAUACAUGUAGCAAAAAAGGUUUGACUAAGAUUUUUGAAAUGUGAAAAAUGCAUUCCCGUCUUGUAAGCCCCACAUUUAGGACAACAAGCAAGCAGCACUAGGAAACUUUUGGGAAUCCAAAUACCGGUAAAAAAGAAGACAAAUCGAGUUCCCUUUGCUUUACUUUCUUUGAAAACAUUUAAUACCUUAUAACCUGUCACCACGACCUAAUAAAUCGCCUGACUUUGAAUUCAAUUUGAAAGUUGGUUUUUUGUGUGUGUGGUUGUCUUCACAUAAAAAUGCGCUCGAUUUUAUCAUGUGGUCUGCUCCUCUCAUUGGUAACAAAAAAAGGAAACUUCUGAUGACUCAUCGCAGAGAAGCUCUGCUCUGUCCAUCCAAUGACUACCGUACUAGCUUGCGUGCAUGAUCCGUUGACAAAGAAGGUGGUGGGUUCUCGGUUGUCACAGUUCUCACUGGAGCACUCCAGUUCUCACUAGAAAGACCUAUUGCUUGGCAGGUCGAUUCAUACCACAAUGCCAUGCAGUCUGGCUUUGUACGUACAUGUAGUUUCGGUCCGAAGCUAUUGCCAUUUGAUAGAUGUCGCAUUGAUUACCCUGAAAUGAUCGCAAUCCAAUUAUUUGCAACUUUCAAAAAGGUAGAAGCAUGAGAUCACUUUAUUACGUACGCGCGACAUGGUCCAAAAUUCGCCAUAUGCGCAGAUCCUAACAACGCAGCUUUCGGCACAUGGAAUUAGCUGGUCCAUAGUUUACGAUUCCCGCCCAAUAUCGAUCCUAGCCACACGGGUCGCUUGCUUUUUAAUGUUUAUCGCUAUUGAUCCAAACUGGGGGGAGACGGAUAAAGAUCUCUCGUCCACAUGACAGCGAGGGUUCAGAUCAAUGAUGUUUAUAAGUGGCUCUCUCUGAAACCGAGUCCAUUUAGAAGCUCUAACGAGCUCCAUUUGUCUUCAGGAUGAGGGGAGACUGAACUCCCUGAAUCUUUUCCAACUGGAGACCCAUUACUUAUUCAUUAUUGUUCCAUAUUUUGUUAUCCUUGCAAUAUUACUGGUGACGCAACAGGCUCUGGGAUGGAUUUGUCAUGAAAUAUCCCCACAAACGGAAUGCAGAAUACUUGUCCAAAGGCCGAAUUAACCAAUGACACCCACAAGGGGGUAGAGUCACAAGUCGAGCGAGACACGCACCUUUCCAUAUUAUUUAGGGUGGGGUUCGCUUGGCUGCGUUUGCAAUCAGCCUUCCGGGUGGGGCUCGAGUACGACGUGUUUCAGACGCAGGCGUUCUUUUUCUGGCCGGACUGUGCUCUGCCAAUGGCUCAAAGGCUUCAAGGAAGUCCGUUCGGAUUGCAUACGACUGCUUAGGCACUUGAUUUGGCGUGCGUGCUCUUGUGGGAUGGCAGAUCUUGCGCGUGGAACCGACGGGAAAUUCAACAUGGCGCGCACUCGGUAACAGCCCACAGACCCAUUGAUGUCCCACGAAAAGGGAAACAUAUAAAGAUUAUUUUCCAGAGUCUGCUGAUGAAUCAGAUUUUGCAGUUGUAGAUCAACGCCAGCUCAUUAACAGUAGGUGUCGGACAUGAAAAGUGAACCUCCUGACAGUCGAGUAUUUGUCACUUUGAGCUUAGAUUUUAAAGGUCAGGCAAGAAUUUCCAGAUUUUCAUUAAUUUUGAUGUUGAAGAAACAGAGAAGUAAGAUGUUUUUUAAACAAAAGAAAGUCGCAGUUUCGUUGUGACAAAAGAUCUCAAAGUAGCUGUAAUGACAAACUAAAGCACAUUUCUUCACGGUCUUAACACCAUCACUUUUCUCCACAGCCUAGCCAAGACUGCGGUUCUACUUCAAAGUUGUUUAAAUAUCAUAUUGAAAGACAGACAAUGGUCAGUCACUUUUAAAGAGUGAAAUUGAGGACGCUGGUGGGUCCAUCAGCAAGCUCUGGUUUUCCUCUUUGUCUGGAGGGGAAAAAAGAAAAACCACUGCGUGCAUUCGCCAUUACAAGUUAGUGAAGCGCUGAAGACAGAAGUGGCAGAGAACUAACCACGUAUAGACCAUUGCACAAGUCUAGCAAACAUAUCCCAAUUAUCCAUAUCGCUUGGAUCGUCAAACAAAGCACGACGUUUUGAUCCAUUUGAGCCAGAAGCUUGCACCACCCCGAGGCGAAAUGUCAGACGAGGCCAAUCUCACUGAGAAGGAGAACGGCCUCAGCUUCGAAGUUAUCCUGGAUAAGGACAAAGUGCCCAAGGAAAAGCCUCCAAUUAAAGAUCCAAUGGCCAUGUCAGUGACCUCACUUCAAGACAUUGAGGAGAAACAAAAGGCCGCCGAAGAGAGGCGCAAGCAGCAUGAGCAAGAAAUCCUGGAGAAGCUCAACCAACACGAGAAACGUGCCGAGGAAGUUCGGGCCAACAAGGAAAAGCUCAUUGCAUCGGGAGAGGUUCCCGUUUGCGAGGAGGCCUAAAGAUCCGAUCCGCCCAUGGAUGGAUGCAUGCAUUGUCCGGUUUAUAUUUCGUGUCCGAACGUAGCGUAUUAAAACAGUAUUGUCAUGAA